GGUUCUUUCUGGCAAUUAAAUACAAAAUCAGAGAGUAGAAAACUAUUCCAUUUCUCCUCCACAAGCAGAGAAAAUUUUGCUUAAUUUUCCUUUGCCCUUUUCUCGGGAAACAAACAAGCAAUCAUGGGAAAAGGCCCCGGUCUCUACUCUGAUAUCGGCAAGAAAGCCAGAGAUCUUUUGUACAAGGAUUACCAGAGCGACCACAAAUUCACCAUCACCACCUACACCUCAGAUGGAGUCGCAAUCACUUCAACUGGGACUAAGAAGGGUGAGUCGUUUUUGGCCGAUGUAAGCAGUCAAUUCAAGAACAAGAAUAUCACUACCGAUCUUAAAGUUGAUACCAACUCCAAUUUUUUGACAACCAUCACCGUUGAUGAGCCUGCUCCUGGACUCAAGACGAUCGUCAGCUUCAAAGUUCCUGAUCAAAGAUCUGGCAAGGUUGAACUCCAAUACCAACACGAAUAUGCUGGGAUAAGCACUAGCAUUGGAUUGACUGCAAAUCCUAUUGUCAACUUCGCAGGUGUUGUUGGGAGCAACACUGUUUCUCUUGGGACUGAUCUCUCGUUUGACACUGCCAGUGGUAACUUUACCAAGUUAAAUGCUGGAUUAAGUUACACCAAUGCUGACCUCAUUGCUUCCUUGACAUUGAAUGACAAAGGGGACAGUCUUAAUGCGGCCUACUACCACACUGUGAGCCCACUGACCAAUACAGCUGUUGGUGCCGAGCUGACUCAUAGUUUCUCAAGCAAUGAGAACACACUGACUAUGGGCACACAACAUGCACUUGACCCCUUGACUACAGUGAAGGCACGGGUGAACAACUAUGGCAAAGCAAGUGCUCUCAUCCAGCAUGAGUGGCGUCCUAAGUCUCUGUUCACCAUCUCUGGAGAAGUAGACACGAGAGCAAUUGAAAAGAGUGCCAAGAUUGGCCUGGCCUUGGCCCUCAAGCCAUAGGCUAAGCAAAAGUUUAUUUUUGGGUUCCUGGAUUUUGGAGAUUGAGGAGAGCAAAUAAUAUGAGGAAAAAUGGGUCUGUCGUUUUCUUUUGAAUGAAUAUUCCGUAUAAUUCUGCAUUCUGACUUGGUCCUGGUACUUUGGUGCUUAAGAGCUGUAGAAUAAUUGUAGUUGGUGCAAGGAACCAUCUAUAGUUCUUUAAAUUUUGCAUCCUCCUAAGUGGAGGGAAUACAUUGUCUUUAUCAAAUAUACUGCACAUGAAAUUUGUUUCUCGAUGCUGAUGAUUGUUGUUUUCGAACUUCA